ACACCGGUGAGCUCUAUGACCAUGCUUCAGUCGCAAAAGCUGUACGGCGAUACUGGUGUCAUGACCAGCGCCGCGAUGUCCAGUAUGGGCAGCAUGGCGCCCACGUACAGCACGAUAAACUCGAUGGGCUGCGUGCCGAUGGGCAUGUCGAUGGGAGUCGGAGUCGGGCCCAGCUGCAGCCCCCAGGGCGCCGGCGGCUUCAACAUGAGCACCAUGAGCUCGGCGAUGGGAAUGGCGUCGAUGGGUGGCGGCGGGAUGAGCGGGUACAGCGGCGCUUCCAUGGGCGCCGGCAGCGCCUGCAUGAGCGCCGUCGGAUACGGCCCGCUGACUCCCGGCGGCGGUACCGGCGGUAUCAGCCGGGACCCGCUCGCCCUGACGGAGCCGGACUCGCCCAACUCGGCGCUCCAGCGCGCCCGCAGCGACAAGUCUUAUCGGCGUAGUUACACCCACGCGAAGCCGCCGUACUCCUACAUCAGCCUCAUCACCAUGGCGAUACAGAACGCACCUCACAAGAUGCUGACCCUCUCGGAGAUCUAUCAGUUCAUCAUGGACCUGUUCCCGUUUUACAGGCAGAAUCAACAACGCUGGCAAAACUCCAUCAGGCACUCCUUGAGCUUUAACGAUUGUUUCGUCAAGGUGCCGCGCACGCCGGACAAACCCGGCAAAGGGUCAUUUUGGACGCUGCAUCCUGACAGCGGCAAUAUGUUUGAGAAUGGUUGCUAUCUGCGACGUCAGAAGAGGUUCAAAGACGAGAAGAAGGAGCUAACGAGACAGACGACCAAACAUCAGCAACAUCAGCAUCAGACGGCAACCGCGGUGGCAGUGGCGUCUGGCGCGACCAUCGCCGGCCAGCACAGUCCACCCACUCACGAGGUCGCGCCUGGUACCAAGAAGACCGGCUCGUCCAUCCACCAUGGCGGCCCUCAGCCGCAGGACGACAAGGACCUGCACUCGCUGGUGUCGCACCAUCAUCAUCAUCCGAGCCUGCAUCAGCAUCACACCGCGCUCAAGAGUGACACCAAUGACAUCGGCGGCCUCCUCGGGCCCGAUCUCACCGCCGCGCACGACGAACUCACCGCGAUGGUCAGCCGCGGCAUCCACCCGCAGCUGUUGUCCGAUACCGCGAGUCUCCACCACGGCAUGACCGGCAGCCUGAAGCAGGAACCGAUCUACGGAACGGCGGCCAAUCAUCCGUUUAGCAUCAACAGGUUAUUGCCGCGCGACACCACCGGUACUUCUCCCGGCGCCCAGGACACCAAGCCGCCCGAGAUGAAGAUGUACGAGCAGCUGCACCAGAGCUACGCCAACUUCGGCUCGCCGCAUCAUCCGCACGCGCACUCGGCGCCGCCCAGCCACCAUCAUCACAACGGCAUGCACGCCAGCGCGAACGCCGCCGGGCCGAUGCACAUGACGAAUCAUCAUCAUCAGGAAUAUUACCAGAGCCCGCUUUAUCAUCACGCGACGAGCGUGGCGACCACGAGCGCUCCUCCACCGCCCGCUGUUGCUACCGCGGCGCCGGGCUUGUGACAUCACGCUACCCACCCUUACGCU